AUGGACGUCAUCUGGAGUCGUCAUUACGGUUUAGUCGAAAAGUUAUCGCUAUUCACCGGUAUGUGGCCGUACCUGAAGCCGAGAACGAGAUAUCUUCGUAUUGGUCUGAUGUCAAUAACCGCAGUAGCCAUAUUCGUUCCGCAGAUCGCGUACCAAAUUAGGUGCGAAAGAAAUAUACAAUGUAUCCUCACAUGCGUGCCAACGUUUUUGUUCACGAUCGUAAACAUAGUGGCGUUAUAUACAUUCCCAAUAAAUAGUUCUAAGAUUAAACGUCUUAUCGAACGCUUGUUCGUCGACUGGGAAGAAUUGGAAACACCCGAGGAGAUCGAAAUAUUCAAGUCGCAUGCUUUGUUUUGUAAACGUUUCUCUGCGAUUUAUUCAGCAUAUUGCUUCUUAGGGGUGUAUGGGUUUACGUCAGCAAGCCUUGUAUCCCCUAUACUCGAUGUUCUAAUGCCGCUCAAUGAAUCUCGCCCUGUGUUACUACCAAUACCAGCAUACUAUUUUGUGGACACUAGACAAUAUUUGAUUUAUAUUUACGGAUAUGCUAUUGUCUCUUGCGGAAUAUUUAUGACCGCUAUAGUCGCACACGACUGCAUAUUCGUUACCUACAUUGAACACGUUUGCUGCAUGUUCACUAUACUCGG